GAGAAAUCGGUUGAUGGCAAAUACAUCAUUCCGCCGUCCAGCUGAGGAUACGACAUUAGAGGAAGGAAGAAUAAAAAAAACACAAAAACCAAACAAAAAACUCCCGCACCAAGAAAGUCCGGCCAUGUGGCUUCCCUUCAGCAACAUGUUUAGUCAACAGAUGGAAGAGACUGUUCAAUAAGCAAAGCCUAUUGACGAACCCAGCGGCUGCGAGAAGGGACAAUGGACACAACGCUGGUGGUGUCGGGGAUGUGUGAUCACUGAUAGUCCUAUCGCCAAAAAAUAAGAGCAAGAUCGUGGUUUUAGUCGUUGUUAAAAUGACUCAUCUGCAGGCUGGGCUCCGCGCUGAAACCAUCGAGAAAUCUCGGUUGGAGCUGAAUGAGAACGCGGAUGCCUUACACCAGGACAUCCAGCAGGUCAGAGACAUGAUCAUAACCCGUCCGGAUAUCGGCUUCCUACGCACGGACGAUGCAUUCAUCCUGCGCUUUCUGAGAGCCAGGAAGUUUAACCACUUCGAGGCCUUCAAACUGCUUGCUCAGUAUUUCCAGUAUCGGCAACAGAACCUAGACAUGUUCAAAAACUUCAAAGCAGACGACCCUGGCAUCAAACGGGCACUGAUGGAUGGCUUUCCGGGAGUCCUCCAACAGGCGGAUCACGACGGGAGGAAGAUUCUGGUGCUGUUCGCUGCCAACUGGGACCAGAGUAGGAAUACCUUUGUGGACAUUCUCCGAGCUAUUCUUCUGUCCUUGGAAAUUCUUAUUGAAGAUCCAGAGUUACAGAUAAAUGGAUUUGUGCUAAUUAUAGACUGGAGUAACUUCACAUUCAAACAAGCUUCCAAGCUGACUCCCACUAUACUAAGACUAGCCAUAGAGGGAUUGCAGGACAGCUUCCCUGCGCGCUUUGGGGGCAUCCAUUUUGUGAACCAGCCUUGGUACAUCCACGCUUUAUACACGAUAAUAAAGCCAUUCCUGAAAGACAAGACCAGGAAAAGGAUUUUUCUUCAUGGCAACAACCUAAACAGUCUGCAUCAGCUUAUCCAUCCAGAGUAUCUCCCAUCUGAAUUUGGAGGUACCCUACCCCCGUAUGAUAUGGGAACCUGGGCACGAACAUUGCUUGGUCCAGAGUACAAUGAUGAUACUGAAUAUACUUACAAUUCGUACAACUUGGUGCACGUGAAGGACGUGCUGGAUGAUCUUGAAAGCAAUUGCUCUCCCAAGCAUAUGAAGAGGUCACAGUCAGUGGUGGAACCAGGUGUGCUGAAGCAUGAAGACAGGGAUGAUGAUAACACCCAACCACUACUGGCUCUGGAUUGAACAAAGCGUUGACUACGUGGCUGGGUCACAGAGGUGCAAACAUUCGUGGAGCAUUUACUUAAAUCAAGUCACUUUCAGUUACAUUUUCUUUCAUCAAAAUGGCAAAAUUCAGGUACCACCAGCUUUCUUGUCAGAACUGCCAGAAGUUGAUUUAAAAUUGAGAGAUCAUUUAAAAUAAGAUACCUGAAGGAUUUUCUAUCUGUGGUGGGCAACCUGACAGUAAUCUUGGAAGGAUUACAGGUAGUGGUACUUUGCCUACAGAAGAAAGAAUGGAAAAAUCCAGUUAUGCAGAACUAUUUAGGUCUUGAUAACAGGCAUGUAACUUUCAGACAUAUUUGUGCCUUCCCAAGAAAGGCCGUGCUUUUAUAUUUCAAUAUCAGAUUGGAAAACUCAAAUACAAGUUUCAAACAGAAGGCAGGAUGAAAAACCAUUUAUUAAUGUGCCAAAGAUCCAAUAGAUCCAUUCCUAUUUAUUUUCUGAAUGAACACCAAACAUCAAUGUAUUUUAGUUAAAUUCAGUAAAUGAAGCUAACUUUACCAACCACAAUGCUGUUUAGUUAACUGGACAAAUAAAAAAAGAAUUACUCAAGUUCUUCAGUAUUUUAUUUUGGGAAAUAUCAAGAUCAAUGUCUUAUACAGCAUGUUAUAAAGUUUGUGUGUUCAUUAAUAGGUCACAGACAUUCCACCCAGCAUUCUUUACUGUAAUUAAAUGUUUACUAAUGCAAUGAAGGCUUUUAAUACAAGUUGCAUUAAAACUUAAAGCAUAACUUAUGUGAGAAGCAUAAAAUCUUUAAUUUCAAAUAACUAUUUACAAUUGGAGAUACAAUAUUGAUAUUUUUAACAAGCAGUGAUAGUUGCAAAAGCAGAAAAUGCCAAAUACACUCAGCAGCAUCAAAACUAAUGAAAAGUCACUGGUCUGGAAUGUUAACUGUUUCAUUCUCCACAGAUGCUGCUUAACAUGGUAAAAUUUUCUGACAUUUUCUGGUUUUGUUUCAGAUUUUUUGCUUCAAAAGUGGUGGUUGCAUUUUGUUCAAAGCAUACUAGGCUUAUACUCUCUUCAAAAAUGUAUAUUCCAUUUGUUCCAAAACUAAAAAGGUAUUUAACACAAAAACUAGGCUGGGCUUUGUAUAACUCAGUAAGGUGAUCUGUGAAGGAGACAAGAAGACUCGCUUAUAUAAAAAUUUCUCAAACUCUGAAACGCAGACUAUGAGCCUCCCUCAAAGCUGCAGUAUUCACAGUUAAAAAUCCAUGUCUACUUCCAUGAAACCACUUCAACAAAAAAAUCAAUUUGACAUCAUACCAGUACUUAUAAUACAUACACAUAAUACUCAGAGCAAAUUCAUUUUAUCCAAUGAUAUACAGUAGUGUUGACUUCAGAAUUAAAAUCCCAGCAUUCAAUGACAGCAUCAAAAAGAAUUGCAGUGCAGUUACUGGUGGACUCAAAAAGAAAACAAACUGUUCUUUUAAAAAAAAGUCAAAAAUAAAAAUCUAAUCUACUUGUUCCCAGCUAACGAAAUAGAAGGUAGAGUCUCCUACAACAUUUAAAAAAAACUUAUACCAAGUAUUCUUCCCAAAACUGAGCUUGACCUCUGAUCAUAUUUUUUGGAUUUGCUAAAUUAGAAUUUAUUUGAAGAUUGGGCCAGGAAAGGAAAACAACCACCUGCUUAAUGUCAGCUCUCACCAGAAAUACAACAUCUUAUGAUAGCUAAUACAGGCACUUUAAACGUCCAUGCACAAUAUUUCAAUAGGCAAAACAUCUUAUCAUCAUAAAUAUUUUUGAGUAACAGUUUACCAAAUGUUACAAUAUCUUUGAAGUCAUUCACCAUCAUUUUAUUUAUGGCUACAAAAAGGCUUUUAGCUUUUGUAACAUGAAAAACUAGAUCACCGAAGAGAAAAUUGCUUUAAAUCUCACUGAAGAUCACUCUGAUGUUUCAAUUUUUGACUAUGCCCUGACAAUAAACAGAUGUCAAUUUUUAUCAGACUCAAUGUCACUGGAAGGCUGGGUACUAUGCAGCUUUAGCUAUUACUACAAGCAUAUUGACUUCAGUGCAUCAGAAGAGGUAAAUAAAACAAAGCCACAAUACACAGGGAUACCAUAGUAAUAUAAAGUUAGGAGAUUCAAUUACAUUAUACAGGUCUCCAAUAAAAAUCAUUAUGGAGGUGAUAGACAACAAUAAACCAGAUUAACAGAAACAAAGCUCCUCCUGCCUGUGCAGCCAAUCCAAUUCCUCUGGGUGGUUCAGUCAAUAAAUCCAUCAAAACUGGCAUUCACAGAAUUAGUCCAACAGAAUUAUAUAUGCAACAAAAAGUAAGAUAUUUUAAAAUCACAGUGUCACUAAACAUUUUAAAUUAAGGUACCGCUUUCCCCUGAGUCUGUUCCCAAAUGUUUUGCUGUUUGAAUGGUAUGCCAAAAUAUAUGAAUAAAUAAUUGGAAAUUGCCUUUUCCCACUUUCUGGACUAGCUCGUAAUCCUCAUCCCUCUAUAGGGAUCUGACUGCUCACAAAACUGCUCUGAGACAAAAUUAUCUUCAUUAUUCCUACAUGGUGAAUUUAGUCCUCCUUGUCUUGCCCCUGCAACAUAAAGUCUGUCAUUUAUACUUAGCAUAAUAAAUUUGAAUGUAAAAACAUAUGGUCAUUUUAUUGUAGAUGUAUUAUGGUUGUCACAAGCCAUCUGCUUUCUGGCAUUUGCACAGAUGCAUCAGCCGUCUAUUGAUGACUGUGCCUCUCACAUUGGCAUUUGUUCAUUUUUGUCACACUAAAAAUGUUCAACAUUGGCAUCUACAUCAGUUAUAUCUUAUGGGAAUGCGGUACGACUUCUUUUCACAGAACACAAUUUUAUACUCAAAAGGAUACCACUUUUAUAAGUGCAGUUGGCAACACUGAAAAGAAACUUACUCUAACUACUUACACGAUGUACGUUAAUUUCAACUCCUCAAACAGUGAGCACUUGUAAUACUGCUGGGGAAAUGACUUUGGAUGAGUUACUAAGCGCAGUGUGGGGGAAGCUAAGUAUAAGCACAGAUACAUCUGUUAACUCAGGAUGCUUCAGUGAUCAUGUCAUUUCAACUCUGUGUGUUAAUCAAUCUCGCUCAUACUGUCAGGCUUAGUAACUUCUCAAAGGCAGCUCUCCCAUUGAGGGCAGUAGCACUCAUUGUGUAAACAAAAAAAAAUUCAAAAUUGGAAAAUAGGCCAAAACAAUCUAAAUUAAUAUUUCUUGGAAAUGAUGAGAAAGUGCACUGGUACAUCAAGCAUUAAUUGUCAGUGUAAGCCAAAAAAAAAUGCUGAUUUCAGGUAAAAUUUGUAAUAGAAUACACACAUUGUGACUAAAUACAAUUAUGAGAGGCAUGGAUUGUCCUU